UCUGCCAGCAAGUCCUUGUUGCUGCCCUGCCCUCUCUACGAGGGGCAGUGGAAGACGCUUUCGGAAAAAAUGUCAGAGAAUUUCAGCCCUACAAAUAUGUCGUCCCCAGACUUGAUAAAUAUUCAAUUUGACCUAGAGUCUGCAGCUCGCUUGAAAUAUAAAAGAUACUUGGUGAUUGAUUUGGGUAAGGAUGGUUAUGUUGAGUUGGAAAGUGUUUGUGCUACUACACCUUGGUGCCCAAAUUGUAGACAACACUUUCACUCUGAGGACGAUCCGGACUGCCCGAAGAAAAAGGGCAUUUCCUACGCGGACAACGACAAAGGGAAAGGAAAGCAACCUGACCCAAGACCAGGUGCGAACGUUGACGGUAGUAGGAAAAAGGACGGACAGGGAGACAAAUACUCCCCAAGCAAAGAACGUAACUCCUCGGCGGUCCCGCUCAAAACCCCGGUUGGGGAAAAGCAGACCAAGAGAGACGAUAAGGAGGACGAAAAGGUUGAGAGGUCCUCAGAGGAGAAAGGGGGAAGGACCGACCGACCGUCAGACUCAGAGGGACAUAGAAUGGAUGUGGACGAAAAAGGCGGCGAAGAAGAUGAGGAGAAGAGUAGAGCUAUGGAAGAAGACACAAUGAAGAUAAGGGAAAAACGCAAAAGAGAAGAGGAGGAGACCAACAGCAAAGGAACAUCAGAUGUAGAAGACGAGGUGGAGGAGGAGGAGGAAGAAAGGGUUGAGGGCAAGGGGGAGCGCGAGGAAGACGAGGAUUUUUCUAGUGGAGAUUCUCCCUCCCUUAGUGAUGAGAAUGAGGAGGAAGAGGAGGGAGCAAAAAUUGGUUUGAUGGCACGAGCGGGAGGAUCGGACCCUUCCAUGGUUUAUGACAAUGCCGCAUACGAUGAGGAAACUCCAUUGAAAGUCCCCGACGAGUUCUCUAAGCCGCAGAACGAUGCAUUCUCUUCGGAAGAUUGUUUCUCAGACUGCUAAGAGGUAACUACCGUAUCGGAUAAGGAAGAACGAUCAAAUACGCCAGUAAAAGAGAAAACAACGA